GUGGGGGUAUUUUAUAAAGAGGGGGAAGUCUGAAAAGCUUUCCGAUUGGUCAAUGCAAAGGCAUAGGCUUGCUGGGAUCGGUAAGCGAUUGAAGCGCCCCUCAGUUAAGUACAACAGAGUUUUCUAGCCUAAUUUUUUCUCGUUCCAGUUAUCAAAUUGUUCAUUCCAGGUACUUGAAAGGGUGAAAAUUAUGAGAGGAUUUUAGGUUUUCAACAUUCAGCCUAUACGUUUGGUAUAGAGUCACAUAUAUCGCAGAGUAAUAUAAAUGGCGCGUUAGUACCUCCUGCUGCGCUUCUAUCUAUUCUUCAAAAGGGUCUUCAGUAUACUGAAGCAGAAAUUUCUAUCGGUGAAGAUGGCACUGAACAGAGAAUGGUGGAAUCCUUGUCUCUCAUUGAUGCAGUUAUGCCAGAUGUUGUCGCAUCUCGGCAGAACCAGCAGAAUCAACAGAAACAACAGGUGAAAACAGAGGUCCAGGAUACAAAUGGAGAAGAAGUCGUUACAUCAAAUGUGGGAGUGGGCGCAAAUGAAAGGGGAGGAGAUAGGUCAGAGAUGGAAGUGGAUGAGCAGCAACAAGGAACUGGAGCUGGUGCCAACGCAAGUGCUGUUGAGAUACCAGCAAGUAAAGCUACUGUUCUGAGGGGUCAUGAAUCUGAAGUCUUCAUUUGUGCCUGGAACCCAACCACCGACUUACUGGCCUCAGGUUCUGGUGACAGUACAGCUCGAAUUUGGGAUAUGUCAGAUAAUUCCCAAGCACCAAAUCAGCUCGUUCUACGUCAUUGUAUUCAAAAAGGUGGUACAGAAGUACCAAGUAACAAGGAUGUCACUUCCCUGGAUUGGAAUUGUGACGGAACUUUACUUGCAACUGGUAGUUACGAUGGCUAUGCGCGAAUUUGGACGACUGACGGACGUUUGGCGUCGACUUUGGGCCAGCAUAAGGGACCCAUUUUUGCGUUAAAGUGGAAUAAACGUGGAAAUUAUAUUCUUAGCGCCGGUGUUGACAAAACUACCAUCAUUUGGGAUGCUGCAAGCGGACAAUGUACUCAACAGUUCAGUUUCCACUGUGCUCCAGCUUUGGACGUCGAUUGGCAAACGAACACAUCUUUUGCCAGCUGUUCGACGGAUCAGUGUAUCCAUGUUUGUAAAUUGAACGUGGAUAAACCAGUAAAGAGCUUCCAGGGACACACGAAUGAGGUAAACGCAAUCAAGUGGGAUCCUCAGGGAAAUUUAUUAGCCAGCUGUUCCGACGAUAUGAGUCUAAAAAUCUGGUCUAUGAAACAAGACACGUGGGUCCACGAUCUUCAGGCACACAGCAAGGAAAUUUAUACAAUUAAGUGGUCUCCGACAGGACCAGGAACCCAUAAUCCUAAUAUGAAUUUGACUUUAGCUAGUGCUUCCUUUGACUCCACUGUUAGGUUAUGGGAUGUUGAGAGAGGAGCCUGUAUACAUACACUGACCAAACACACUGAACCAGUCUACAGCGUAGCAUUUAGUCCUGAUGGGAAGUUCCUAGCCAGUGGAAGCUUCGACAAGUGUGUUCACAUUUGGUCCACUCAGAGUGGACAGCUGGUGCAUAGCUACAAGGGAACAGGCGGCAUCUUCGAGGUCUGCUGGAACAGUCGUGGCGACAAGGUCGGCGCAUCUGCGUCAGAUGGCAGUGUCUUCGUAUUGGAUCUUCGUAAACUGUGAUCGUCAACGGCUCACUAGAAGUUCUCUGUUUUUAUAUUUUUGUUCUUUCUUUCUUUUUUUUUUUUCAUCAUGCAUUCAUCACAAUUUCUGAGUCCUAUUCCCGACGUUCUUCAUUUGUCCAUUCUUUUGUUUCCUUUAUUCCGUAUCAAUUCUUUAUUUUACUAGUGGAGGAACUCGGUGUCAUAGGAAUCAGAGCACUUAAAAAAAAUAUAUGAAAGAUGGUGGUCUUCCUUCCACAGCAAUUACAUAAAUUCUUUCACGCAUAUAUAAAUUCACUUUACAGAAUUCUGCUCGCUGGUUAUGACUAUCUAUUUUCCCUUUCUAUUUCGAGUUGCGGCAUUUGUGAAUUUUACGUAAUACGAAUUUUGCCACGGAUGACGAAAAACGUUAAGUAAAGGCACGUCGAAAUAUGUCGCGACGCCACGUAAUUGCUGGGAAGGAGAGUCUCGUGUUCUAUCCUCAUUCGCGAGCGUGAAUGACGUAGAUGUUAAUUAUAACUGUAAUAAUAACGAUUAGUAUUAUAUUAUUAUAUAUCGACUCUAAAUGAUAAAUAAACUUUUUUAAAUAAUGAUUCUAGACGAAUAGUAGUGCAGGUGUCAUUGCAACAAUUAAGUUAGACAUCUGAUUAUUUUUUUUUUUUCAAGCAAUCAAUUCUAUGUUAAUA